CCACUCACUGUCCGUCCAGCUUCCAGACCAGACCAAAACAUGAGGGAACGUUUCCAUCAUCCAUGUGCAGAACAAAGGGGUGAGUGUUGUGCUGCUGAGGCCCCGCUGUUGUUUGGGUACAGCCUCCUCCUCCUCUCCCUCCCCUUCCCCCUUCUCCUCCUCCAUCCCUCUAUCCCUCCCUCCUCCCCUCCAUCCACCCAUUCACACCACCUUCCUCUGACUCCUCUUGUCUCUGCGCCGCUUCAACAAGGAUUUAAUGACAUAAUAACAGUCCUCCUCCGGUCUGAUCGGCAGCUGAUCGGCGCCUGCACUGAGUGAUCCUUCUCUACUCCUCCUCUAUCUGUCCUCCACCUCCUCACUUGUCAUGCAGGAGGUGUAACCCUCCUUCCUCCUCUUCCCUGCGAAGACAAAACCUCUCAAGAGAAACCAAAAAAAACAAAAACAAAACACUGCGGUUCCACUUGUGGACACGUUUCAAAGAUGUCAGACCCUGUUGAUGCCUCUUCACCCCCAGACUCCUCGCUGCCGCUCACCUCCCCUCGCACUCCCCUGCAUCUCUCCUUCCCAUUCCUGAGGGAGGGCAGUCGGAUCUGGGAGAGGGAGAGGAAACCACCACAGCCUGGAGAACCGCCCAGUCCGCUGCCCACCAAACGCACCAGGACGUACUCAGCGACAGUCAGAGCCAAAUCAGGUCCAGUCUUUAAAGGGGUUUGUAAGAACUUCUCCAGGUCUCAGGGUCAUGGUUUUAUCCGUCCUUCUCAUGGAGGAGAAGACAUCUUUGUCCACAUCUCUGACAUCGAUGGAGAGUACGUCCCCAUGGAAGGGGACGAGGUCACCUACAAAGUCUGUCCCAUUCCUCCCAAGAACCAGAAGCUGCAGGCUGUGGAUGUGGUGAUCACUCACCUGAACCCAGGCACCAAACACGAGACCUGGUCCGGUCAGAUCAUCAGCUCGUAGAGCCGAGCGUUCACAGAUGCAGAGGUGGAAACGGUCUGAAUGUGGACCAGGUCUGAGGACGGGGGGUGUAGGGUGUGGAGUGUUUGAGUUGAGUUGGCCCAGUGAUGGAGACGGUUGGAGUAGAAGGUUGAGGGUUGAGUUUUGAAUGUGGAAUUUUGAACGUUUUCCUUGAAGGUUAUAAUUUUAACUGAAAGUUAUGGAUAAAAGUUGGAAUCUGGAGGUUAUUUUUGUAAGUUUGGAAAUCAGAUGUUUUGAGACAAGUUGAAUCUUUGAGGCCAAAAUAUAGAUCUGAGCAAAUUCAGCCAUGUUGACUCUCCAGUGUUUACAGGAACUCAGUAAUGAGUGGAGGUUUGCUUUUUUUUUUUUCCUUUUAUUUAUUACCUUUUUAUUAUCUCUUAGCUCAGAGAAAGUGUUUGCUUACACUGCCAGGAAAGGUCCACAGUUUCAAAGUCUGUGGGAGUUUUUAUCUCUGAAACACUGCCUUUAGUCCGAUCACAAGUAUUAAAGAUGACACGAGGCCGGGUUAGCAUGACGUUAGCAUCACUCAAGUGCUAUAUUAAUGUAUUGUAGCUUCAAAAAGCUGUGAUAAGGAAUGCCUUCGAUCCCUUAUGUUGUAGCAUUAGCUUUUUCUAACAGUCAAAAUCAGUGUUUGUUUUUUCUUGUAGCUGCUUGUCCUGAGAAUGUGAUCAGGACUGUAGCUGGGAACCAGGCGACAGGGUUUGGAGGAAUGUGCAAAUAGGCAAGAAUUUGUGCAGAGGAUGGAGGCGGCAUUAGUAGUUUUAUUUAGUAGCUUUAUCUUUAGAACCAGACAGUCAUGUCCAUGUCUUACUGUGGCUUCAUUUUUUUGUGGUGACAGCGUCACUAUGUCCUAGAGUAUAAUUUUAACAUCACUAACAUUGUAAAGAUAUGCUGAGUUGGUCCACAGUGAUGGUGAUGAACUGCUGACAUCUGUGCAGAAGGUUCAGGAAGUUUCAUUAAAGGUACAUUCCAGAAACAAGUUAAAAUGUUAUUUAUUUAUUUAAUUAUUUAUUUAUUAUUUGUAAUUGUGACAUCAUUGGGUGUUGGUGAUUACAAUCAGCAUUUAUUACUUUAUGGUUUUAUGUUUUUAUUACAGUGAUAAAUCAAACCACUAAUACACACAUAACACAUCUAAUUUGAACUAUGUGAAUUUUAUGUGAUAUUUACAAAAACAAGUAGCCUUUCUGUUGUCCCUCCUGCUGGAGCUUUUAUUUUAAUAAAGUCUUUGUCGGUCUGUUCUUCAUCAAACACUAAAAUUUAAAGACUUUGUUAUCUAGUUUCCUCUUCCUCCUCCUCCUUCUCCUCCUCCUCCUCCCCUUCUUCUUCUUUUUCUUCUUCUUCUAUGAAUUCUCUAAUUUUCUGCCACAGCUGUGACUUCAUGUUACAAUAAACUUGCAACUCUGUCA